AUGGCGAAAAAUCAGAACGAUGGCAAAGCUCCGUGGGGAUUUACAAUGUAUGGCCAAAAUCAUCACUGGAUUGGUUCUUUAUUGCCAUUGGACGAUCAGUUCCCUGCAUUUUGCCAGUUGUACAUGAUAGAUGAUGAAAAUGAGAUACAACAUAGGAAAAAUGCUCUGUCAAGGAAAAAGAAAAAACUGGGGACAAAUACGACCGCAGAUACUCAUGCUGAUCCACAAAAGGAAGACAUCGAGUACCAAAGUAAAACGACAACCAAAUUGGAUGAUAAUGUGAUAGCAGGGUCGAAGGAAAUGUUGGCCAACCACAAUUGGUUGUGUCAGAAAUUCAGGAUGUGGAGGGAUAGAUAUAAGGAGAAUGAGCUAGGAAAAGUUAAGCUACGGCUUAUUGGUACCCGAAGUAGAGAUGCAAGGCAAUAUGAUCUGCCAACUGCAUCUGAAAUUGCAGGGCUUUUAGUUGAUGACCCGGAGUCAGAUGGAAAAAGGGAUAUUAUUAUUAGUGAGAAAGAUGGGAAGCUGAAAAAUAUAAGUGAGCUGAAUCCCAAUUACAUGCCAUUGCAGUAUCCAAUUUUGUUUCCCUACGGUGAAGAUUCAUUUCAUACUAAUAUCCCAUAUAAUAGACAGAGUAACGCUGACAAACCAGAUGAAUUAGGUGUCCAGAAGAAAAGGCAAUACGUAACUAUGAGGGAGUACUAUGCAUUCAGAAUACAACAAAGGCAGAAUGAAGGACAAACCAUACUCCGUGGAGGCCGACUAUUUCAGCAAUUCGUUGUUGAUGCAUAUGCUACAAUUGAGCAGAGCAAAUUGAAUUGGGUAAGAGGCAACCAAGAAGAACUACGUUGCGACAUGUAUAAAGGUAUAAGAGAAGCAGUAGCAGCUGGAGACACAGAACCAGGUACCGCAGGACGGGUGAUCUUGCCAUCAAGCUUCACUGGUGGCCCACGGUAUAUGAUCCAGCAUUACCAGGAUGCGGUGGCAAUAUGCAGGGAGUUAGGUCCACCAGACCUAUUUAUUACAUUCACAUGCAAUCUAAAAUGGAACGAAAUCACAGAAGCCCUAAAAUUCAUUGAUGGUCAGAAACUUGUUGACAAGCCGGAUAUAGUAAGUCGCGUAUUUCACAUAAAAUUGAAACAAUUAAUGUCUGAUUUGGUGGGAUCCAGGCAUUUUGGAGAGGUCAAAGGAGCUUUAUAUACUGUUGAAUUCCAGAAAUGGGGUUUACCUCAUGCGCACAUACUGCUGUGGCUUGAAUCAAAGGAUAAACCUAGAAGUGCAGCGCAUAUUGAUUCAAUUAUAUCAGCAGAGAUUCCAGACCCGGACAAGGAAAAAAUUGGAUAUGAUGCAGUCUGUCAAUUUAUGAUUCAUGGUCCAUGCGGCGAUGCGAAGACUGACUCUCCCUGCAUGAAGAAUAAAAAAUGUUCAAAAAAAUUCCCAAAGAGAUACUGUGACAAAACAUGUGUUGAUGAAAGUAGAUAUCCAGUUUAUAGGCGGCGUAAAAAUGCAUGGGGAGUUGAAAAGGAUGGAAUCAAGUUAGAUAAUAAAUGGGUUGUGCCAUACAACCUCGACUUGAUAAUCAGAUAUGAUGCACAUAUCAAUGUCGAGGUAUGCAACUGCCGAGGGAUGACUGUUAAAUAUCUUUUCAAGUACCUGCACAAAGGAAAUGACAGAAUAACGGGCAUUCUUCAGGUAAUCCCAGCAAAGAAAAACAAUUCAGGAGACAACGGUGACACUGAUCAAAUUAAAAAUCCAAAAAAGGAUGAGAUAGAUAUAUAUCUCGAAGGACGUUAUCUAUCAGGUGCAGAAUGUACGUGGAGAACACUUGGUUUUGAGAUUCACUAUCGACGGCCUACUGUAGAGAGAUUACCAUUACAUCUCGAGGGUGAACAGUUAGUGAUCCACAAAGAUACCGAUAACCUGAAAGAUGUACUUGACGAUGCAGAUCCAGAUUCAUCGAAAUUCCUACAGUGGAUGAAAGCUAAUAGAGAACACGAAGAUGCAAGGGAACUGACAUAUGCAGAGUUUCCAAAGGAGUGGAUCUGGGACUCAAACAAAAGAGAAUGGAGAUCAAGGCAAAGAAGAUGGAAAAUCGGACGUAUCUACUAUGUACAUCCCACUGCAGGGGAGAAAUACUACCUACGUAUUCUAUUGAACGUGCAGAAAGGUUGUCGGCGCUAUGAUGACAUUAAAACAAUGAACGGGACAACUCAUCCUACUUUCAAAGCUGCGUGUUUGGCACUUGGAUUGUUAGAACAUGAUGGUGAGUGGCAUGCUGCAAUUCAGGAAGAAGCAACAACGUAUAGUGGCAGAAGAUUACGAGAAUUGUUUGUCAUACUUCUGUUGAAUUGCAAGGUUACGGAGCCUAAGAAACUAUGGGAUGAUAAUUGGCAUACUUUGGCCGAAGACAUUGAAUACAACAACAAAAAAGUAUAUGGAGAUCAAGCUGUGCACUUGGGAGAAGAAUUUUUGAAGAACUGUACAUUGAGGGAAAUAGAGCAGAUUUUCUGGUAA